AUGAGCCAAGCAAAACAAGGAAACGUAAAGCCAGAAGGAAAUACUGAAGCAAAAAGAAAAACCAAAAAGCAAAAUAUAAAAUCAAACUUCAAUGAGCGAGAGAUAAAAGAACAAGAAGAAGUAGAAGAGCAGGAAUAUAACGAUAUAUUUGAGAAGGAGCCUCGAGUGUUUACAAAAGAAACAGAAGUACAGGAGUAUGCAGACAUUCCUGAGAAUGAACCUCAAAUGAUUAUAAAAGAUGUUCAUAGUGAAGACCUACUUAUGGAGCCCAAUAAUGUUGGAGCUCUUGAAGAGGCUAGUAACAUAAGCGUUCCUUCUAAACUAACAGAAAUUAUACAACCAGUGGAGUUGGCCCCAAAGCAGGCUAUAUCAUCUAAGACGCUUCCAGAGGAACUGGGUACUAUUUCAAAUGUCACAUUAAGGAACACGAGCUACGAUGCUGUUAUAAGAAAGCCCUUUAGCCAGGAGCCUUUUCACGACGAUCAAGAGCAGUAUAGGAAUGGUAAAGAUUUUUACAGAAACAAUGAAAUCCUUGGAGAGCUACAGAAGCAAAGUAUGGUUGCAUCAAAGACUGAAUAUGCCCAAUAUAUUGAAGAUAUUUUCAAUGCGAAUCGUCAUGAUGAUCAAGGUUUUUUAAACCUCAUAAACACUUCAGUUGAUAUUUGGAUGAAAGAAUGGGGCAAAAAGCGCUGCAGGACCGACAGAAAUCUUCAGUGGAAUAACGUUUAUGGAAGAAUACAUUACAGGAAUCCUUUACCUGUAAUAAAUGAAAUUUCUCUGAUUAAUGCAGAUGAUCCCGAUGCGCUUGGAUGGAGAUUGGCUCACGCCUUUACUGAGUGCUAUGAUUUACAAGAGUAUAUUUGCCUGUCAGCUCAAGUUAUCGAAGCUCUUUACGAAAAGUCUGUCAAUCAAAUGUACCUUUUCGAGGUUGUAGAAUCGACCAUCAAUUAUAUAAUUGAGAGUCCCGCAUACAUGGACGCAGUCGAGACAUUUAUCACUUGUAUACAUUACCUUCUCGUCAAAAUGAGAGAAGAAAAUGUUGAUAACGUGGAUAGGCUUGUUAACUCUGAUGCUCGUGACAUUGCCACAACUUUAAAGUCCUUGCUAAAGUUACCUAUAUCUAGUGCUUCUGCAAGUGUAAGCAUCAGUGUGUACCAAGGCGGAUUGGAUAAUUUUAAUCAGUUGAUGUCAAAUAUGCUGGAGGUUAUAAGUCACAAUGAUAUAUCAUACAGGUCUAUAAAAAAUAUAUGGAAUAACAUAAAAAUCAACAAGGUCACCGCCGAAUCAUUUUACGAGCAAGUAAAAGAUAUGACAAAGUGUUUGUUUGCAAUCUAUGAAAAAACACAAGAUAAUGACACCUAUGUGUGGGACCCUCGUGAAGCAACUUCCAAAGUCAUUUCUCUUCUUGAGCCUUUUCAAGGAAGCUUUGCACCCUUACAAAUCGCAUUAAUCAAGCAACUGUGCAGCAAAGUAUUUAUCAAUAUAGAGAGAAAAUAUCCAACACUUCAAGUCAAUUACUAUUCUCUCCUUAUGAAGCAGUUUCCGGCAUUAUGUGAGAAGCAUGGGCCUUUGCUCAUUGAACAUAUGGAAGUAUUUGGUGUUGGCGGAUAUCAUUUUACGCUUAAUGACGUGGAGAUUGACCUCAGUAAUGCUAUUCCAAAGCGUGCAUGGUCUAAUAUAAUAAUCACAGUAGAUGAUUCCGCAAGCAAGCUGUACAAAAAAGAUAUUACCACUUAUGAGUUUGCCAAUGCUUCAUUGGCAUGCAAAGUACCUCAUUUUGAAUAUAAGAAAGUGGAAGGUAUACCACCUUGGGAAGAUUCAGGGGAAGCAGCCAUCGAUAUUAAGAAAAUAAGCUUUCAAGUCAAGAUACAAACUAUCUCCGAAGAAUACUUAGGUUUCAGUACUCAAGUCCUCAGUUGUAGAUGCAAUAUUGGACAUAUGGAUAUUCACAUAAAGAAGAGCCAGUAUCCAGAAUUCCUUAAUGCUCUUGCCCUCAGGAGCAUAAAGACAAAUGCAAAGGCAAGGUUAGAACAGGAGCUUUCUGAUGUUGCCCAAACAUUUUUUAAAAAGGUCUUUUCUGUUAAGCUUUUUUAA